AUGUCUGCCUCACAAGUGUUAGAAGCACGCAAUGAGGUCACUGCCAGACUUUAUGCAGACCCUCAUAACCCUCAUCAUCAUCUUGAGCGAGGAGUGCUCUACGAAAAGCUAGGCUUCCCUGACCUAGCCUCCGCAGACGCAUACCGUGCACUGGCUCUUCUAGAAUCGGUCAUUGACCCAGAUGAGUGCGAAUUCCACGCAAAGCGGAAGAUAGAUCCUUCCAAGGCAGGAAAAGAAUCCAAUGGCUCUGGAUCCGACUCCGACUCCGACGAUGAGGACGAUACCGUUCCCAUAACCCAGGAAGAAUACGACGCCAUCAUCGACAAAGUCUACACUUUGUUAGUCCGCAGUCUUGUCCAGUGUGGCUGCUACCGUGACGCUUUUGAGUUCGGAAUUCGUGGCUUGUCUCUACUCAAAGCCUACCCCUCAGCCGAAGCCGUUCUUAACGAACAACUGGGCCGAGUUAAAGAGAUCUAUGAAUCCCGCACAGGCUCGAAAGUUGACCUGGCCUCCAUUAACCCGAGAGAGCUCCCGGGUCAGGGCUUUGCCCGCCGCGUUCUCUACCCGUGGAACGGACACGAGCCCGAUCGUCGCUCCCCGGAGACACUGAGCAUGCUUAACGAGAGACUAUCAGUCAUCGCGCCGAAGUGCGAGGUCCGCGCAGUUUCUUUACCGGUCUUGCAUGCCACAGCAGACGACAACAUGGAUGUCUCCAUUCAGCUGGGUCUUUUCGCAAAAGAUGAUAUCGCACCCGACGAGAUCAUCCUUCGCGAGUCCUCCCUAUUGACUGCCACAAACCGUCUCCACGAUGACCUCUGUGACGCAUGCAAUGCACCACUCCCAGAUCUGUCAGCCGAACAACCACCCGUCGCCUGCGAAGGCGGUUGUGUAGACAUCAUUUUCUGCAGCCAAGCCUGCCACGACAAAGCACAAGAAGUGUAUCACGGAGCGAUCUGCGGGUUAGAAGAUGGUCUUGACUCCAUUGGCAAAGACAUCGCCGAUGCAAAGGACAAAGCAGACUACCUGUAUCUGCUUCUCGUUGGGCGUGCCAUCGCCAUGUCAGCUACGCAGGAAAAGCACGCGCUCGAGCUGCCGGAGGUGAAAUACAUCUGGGGCGAUUUCCACGACUAUGACCUCGAAUCACCGGCAUCGUCCGAGGAAGCCACGCUUCCCUUCUCGUUCCAGUUGAAUGUUCUUCAACCGGAGCGGAUUCUCGAUGAAAUGGGUCUUGAUCCGUACGUUGAGCUGCAUCGCUUCGAUACAUGGGUUUUGAACACGUUAUACGCUAAGUUCCGUGGCACGGCAUCUGGUCGGUUGAGUACGUGGGAUGGUGGACCAGAGCUGUGUGCUGUUCACCCAUUAUGGUGUCUUGCGAACCAUUCGUGUGAUCCGAAUGUGACGUGGGAAUGGAGCAGUGAGAUCAACUUCCGGGCGAGACGGGAUGAUGAGACGGCUGUUUGGGCGAGGGAGGGUGAGGUCAAAGAUCUCAGGCCUGGUGGCAUUGCUAAGGAUAAGGAGAUUCUGAACCAUUAUUGUGAUAUUGCCUUGCCGGUAGUCAAGAGGAGAGAGUGGGCUGCCGGUGCUUUGGGGGGAACUUGUUUGUGUGAUCGGUGUGUUUGGGAGGCUGGCGAGGUCUAA